AUGGAGACAGAGCCAUGUUGUGAAGAGCAUGAAAAGCCUGCAGUGAAGCAUACAGUGCCUGAGGUAAAAGAGGCCGUUUUAGAGCUUGCUCAUGGGGACCGUCACACCGAGCUGCCCUGUGGGCCUGCAGAGGAAGUUAAGGAUCCGAGUGGGAAAGAGCAGGCUGAAACAGAGAGCUGUGCAGCUGAGAGUAACAGCGCCGAGGUAAAACCCCCCUCUGAUCCUGAGCAAAGUGGUGACACAGGAUGCAAGGAGCGGAGGAAACUGAAUAAAACAAACAGCUGGAAGAUGGUGAGAUUUCAAGACCCAUCGACAGAUGAUGAUGUGACGGAGAGAGACAGCUCAGCAGAGAGUCUCUUCCCAGAAUAUGAGAUGGCCGAGUGGACUUCCUCCACCUUUGAGGAGCUGUUUGAGGCAGAUGAUUGGCAGGACAUCACAGAGGACCGGCUGUUGAGAAAGAAGGUGGUGGAGUCCGGGGCCCAAAACACCCUGAGCCCCACCUGGGGCCAAGAGGUUACUGUGAAGAUGCAAUGUGUCCUUGAGGACCGCACUGUGGUGGAGAAGGACUGCAAGCUUGUCUUUGUUAUUGGAGAGGGAGAUGUUAACCAGGCCCUGGAGGAGUGUGUCAUGUCCAUGCAGAAGGGUGAGAUCACGUUACUCCUGGCAGAUUCCCUGUACGCCUAUGGACUUCUGGGAAGGGAGCCUGAUAUUCCAGCCUGGGCUCCUUUACUCUACUUGCUCCAGCUGCUGGAUGUCGGAGAGAAACUGGACCCGUUAAAGCUGCCCAUCGCAGACCGCAUCCGCAUCGGCAACCAGAAACGAGAGCGAGGAAACUUUCAUUUCCAGAGGGAGGAAUACAGCAUGGCUGUCAGGGCCUAUUCUAUGGCUCUGGAUGUGUUAACCACAGGCAGCAGAGAUGGUGGCGACGGUGGCGUGAUGGCAGAGGAGGAGGAGGUGCGGGACUACCGGGUGAAGUGUUUGAACAACCUGGCCACCGCUCAGCUAAAACUGGAGCGGUACAGCGAGGCGCUUCACACCAGCCGGGAUGUUCUGACCCUGGAGCCAAACAACGUCAAGUCCCUAUUCAGGUUGGGAAAGCUCCAGUCAGAAAUGGGUGAAUACAAAGAGGCGAUGGAGGUGCUGAAAAGGGCCUUGAAACUGGAGCCGACCACCAAGGCGAUCCACGCUGAGUUAUCUAAACUCGUCAAAAGGCAAUCGGGAGGCGAAGAUACUCAGGAAUGGAAAGCUAAACCGGCAGAGAUGCUUGGAGAGAAUAUCAAACCUUUUCUGAUUCCUUCAAAGAAGAAACCAUCUGGAAUUUCCUGGAAGUUUAUACUCGGAGCUCUGGUUGUGGCCUUGAGCAGCUUAGUGACAUCAAUGAUCCUGACUGCAAGAAACUGA